AUGUCCUCUAAGAAAACCGACAGGGAGCAAACUGUGAUCGUUAUCGUCGGAGGCGGGAUCGGCGGCCUCGCUCUCCUGAAUGCCCUCUCAGCGAGCAUCAACCCCGAAAAACACACUGUCGUCCUUGUCGACGCUCGGCCAGCACACAUGCAUCUCAUUUCCUCCCUCCGUCUGAUCGUUUCCGAUGCAGACGACCUUUUGAAGCAAGCCGUGCAUCCAUACGGCGACCACACGUUCAGAAACAAGUUCGCUGGGAAUGGGAGCUUUGUUCAUGGCUCUGUGACUAGCGUCAAGUUUGGCGAUGGCGGAAAGGGCGGUCAGUUAAUUCUGGACAGUGGAGAGGUGGUCGACUAUGAUCUUCUCGUCCUUGCUACUGGUUCGAGUUGGCCUCGCCCAUUAGGAUUCCCCACGGAAAGUAAGAGCGCAAUCGAGAAUCAUAUUAUGGCUCGUCGAGCCGAGUUUGCUGAAGCAAAGGAUAUUUUGUUGGUUGGUGGAGGGUCUGUCGGCAUAGAGCUUGCUGGAGAAUUGAAAGAUAUUUUCCCUUCAAAACCCAUAACAAUCAUUCAACGUGAACGACUCCUGCUCAACAACACUUAUCCAGACAAAUACCGUAUUGCAAUUCAAAAACAGAUUGAAGCUCGCGGAGUCACUGUCCUAACAAGCGACGCUAUACCGGCUUCGGACGCGUCAGAUGUCUCAGCAAGUCAAGUUCCUAAAGACGGUUUUGUCACAGAGCAAGGAAAGAAACUGAAACCUGAUCUGGUGGUUCCUACAUGGGGCAACCGCCCAAACACAUCCUACCUUCCCACCGACCUUCUCUCGUCCACCGGACAUGUCAAGAUUCUCCCGACGUUCCAACUUCCUGCUCAUCCAAACGUGUUUGCCUUUGGUGAUAUCAUUGAAUGGAAGGAGCAGAAGGGUGCUGCGAAAGCCGCGUUUUUCCACACGCCAAAGGUCGCGAAGAACAUUAUGGCUUACCUAAAUCUUGCAGAGAGUGUAACUACUUCAAGCGUGGAUCUAAUGGCGUCAAACAAGAGUGCGAAGUACAGUGGUUCUAUGGAAAUGAUAAUGAUCACCAAUGGAAAGGCGAGAGGCUUAGCCUACUUUGACAUUCUCUGGGGGAUCAUACUCGGAGGAUGGUUUGUUACACUGCUGAAAGCAAAGACACUGAUGAUAGGGAGGAUACCUAGCCAGACAGGAUAUACUCCCAAAUGA